AUGGCGGAACAACAGCAGCAACAUGCUCCGGGGGGACAUUACUCAGGGCACAACCCGAUCCCUACCGUCAGGCAGUUCGUGGAGAACUUGGAUAAGGACAAGGCGGCCCGGGACAAGAAAUUGGACGAACAGGCCAAGCAGCAGACGCAGCAACAGUCGCAACCACACAAGCAGCCUGAAAGACAAGUAAAAGGUACAGAGAAGACAGUCACAGACCCUACGACUGGCAGGGAGGUCGUCAUUGCCGAUGUCAACAAGGACAUGAUAGAUGAGGUCGAGAAUCCGCAUUUGGUCGUACCCAAUGCAAACCUGGACAAGCAAACACCAAUAAAAACCGAUCCCUCUCAGUCGCUCGAAGACUACAAGCACAACCAGGAUGUCACAGCACCACCAGAUCCAGUCGCCGAAGGCACCACGACCGACGUACCUAUCCACGGUGAGAAGACAAACGUCCUCUUCCAUCCGACGCCCUCGGUUAGCUACGAGCCCAUGUUUGCCGCCCUCGAAACGCGAGCGAACUACCUUUGCGCGGGAAUACUCAUCGGGACGGUUGUCGUUGGUAAAAUGUUCGGUGGUGCCCUCAAGGGCCUUAUACCGCUUGGUAUGUGCCUGGCAUCUGGCGCAUAUCUUUGGAUGAAGGAGGUUGUGCGCAGCGGAAGAGAGGUCGAGUGGGACAGCGAACAAGUCCGCGGCCAGAUGGCCUCUUUGAACUUGUUGCCAGAGUCCGUCGAGUGGAUGAACACUUUGCUAGCCAUCGUCUGGGGCCUCAUCAACCCCGACAUGUUCUCGGGUGUUGCUGACAUGCUUGAGGACGUUAUGCAAGCUUCCGUACCUGGUGUCAUUGAAAACGUCCGCGUGGCCGAAAUUAACCAGGGAAGCAACCCGUUGCGCAUCCUUAGCUUACGAGCGCUUCCGGAUUCACACAUGGGCGAUAUGAAAAAAUCCAUCCACGAAGAGAACAAGAAGACAAAGGAUCCUCAAGAAGCAGCAGCAGAUGAGGAGGGUGGUGAUUACUACAACCUGGAAGUUUCUUUCGCCUACCACGCCAGCCCCAGCGGAAAGCGAGUAUCCGAGAGAGCAAGGAAUAUGCACAUGCAGCUGGUAUUCUACCUAGGAAUUAAGGGUCUCUUCGGUGUCCCGCUGCCCAUCUUUGUCGAACUGCAAGGCCUUGUUGGUACAGUCCGCCUGCGUCUGAACAUGACCCCCGAACCUCCAUUCUUGAAGACCUUGACUUUUACCUUGAUGGGCGCGCCACAGGUGACUGCUGGAUGCACGCCCAUGGUGGAAAAGGGUGUGAACAUUCUCAAUCUUCCCCUCAUCAGCAACUUUGUCAACUACGCCAUCAAGGCAGCGGCCAGCAUGUAUGUCGCGCCGAAGUCCAUGUCUAUUGACAUGCGAGCCAUCCUUCAAGGCGACUCCGUCCAAAAAGAUACCGAAGCCUUGGGCGUACUCUGGAUCCGUAUUCACCGUGCUGUCGGUCUGAGCAAGCAAGAUCGACGUGGAUCAAAGCACGGUGGUAGCGACCCUUACAUAACGAUCGCAUUCUCGAAAUACGGCAAGCCCAUGUACUGCACCCGAGUUAUUACUGACGACCUGAAUCCAAUCUGGGAAGAGACAGCAGCUGUUCUCGUUGGUCCAGAACUGAUCAAGGCCAACGAGAACUUGAGUGUAGAACUCUGGGACUCCGAUCGACACACCGCCGAUGACAUCGUCGGAAAGGUCGAAAUUUCCAUGCAAAAGAUGAUCCAGCAUCCAGGCAAAAUGUACCCACAGACUUCGAAGCUGGCCGGUAUGGAGGCUGACAGUGAGAUGCCUGGCGAACUUCACUGGGAAGUUGGUUAUUUCACCAAGCCAAAGUUCAGGAAGGAGAUGCGAACAGAUGGCAAGAACAAAUCUCUUCCAGAUGAGUUAAAGGACAAGCCCGAACUACAAGACGAGAAGGGUGUCAUAAACUCUGAAGAGGAUGACGCUGUCAUGCACACUCCACCGGAUCCUCUCUGGCCUAGCGGUAUCUGCAGUGUGGUAUGUCAUCAAAUUGUGAAUUUGGAGCUGGAAAACGUAAAGGGUAGUACCAACCCCAAGGGACGCGAAUACGAGCCUGCAAAGCCUUACGGGGAGGGUAAAGAAGAGACUGGUGGAGACCUCCCAAACAGUUACUGCACGAUUUUGUUCAACGACGAGCUAGUCUACCGAACUCGGGCAAAAGCUGUCUCAUCUCAGCCAAUCUUCAACGCGGGUACCGAACGAUUCGUUCGUGACUGGCGGUCGGCUAUCAUCACGGUUACAGUGCGCGAUCAGAGGAACAGGGAACAUGACCCUAUUCUGGGCGUGGUGCCACUGAAGCUAUCUGACAUUCUCGAAACAUCCUCUCAAGUCACACGCUGGUAUCCUCUCGAUGGCGGUAUCGGUUUUGGUCGCAUACGAAUCUCUCUAUUGUUCCGCAGCAUCGAGACUCGUCUACCACCUCAAAUGCUUGGCUGGGACGUUGGUACCUUUGAGUUCCGGUCUCAGCGCAUCCUGGCUUUGGGUUACAACCACCACCCCAAGAUCAAAUUGCGGACUGGCGGCAGCACCGGCAAGCUGAGUCGCACCGCUUCUCACAAGCUCCAAGAAGGUGAUGGCUACUAUUGGGACCUAGAGGAGAGCAAUGGAAAGCACAACGUCCGACUACCAGUAAAGCACCGCUACAGGUCACCAAUUGUUUUCGAAUUCCAUAUCAACAACCAUCGCAAGGCGGACGCGUACGCAGUCAUCUGGCUGCAGCACUUCAUAGAUAACGAAGAUGCGGACAUCAACAUCCCAAUCUGGAAAACUGCUGCUCCUGCUCGACUCACGCAGAACUACAUUACUGAGGAAAACUGCCAUAAGGAACCGGGUCUCGACGAUCUUCAGGAAGUUGGUCGCCUACAGUUCCGGGCGCGAUUCAAGGCCGGAACUGACGAGUCACAUGCUGCCUUUAUCACCGACAAUGACACCCGCGAGACAUUCGAAACAUGGGAGUCGUGUGUUACCGAAGGUGUGCGAAACCACAAAGUCGAGAAGGAGAUCCCAGAUCGCGUUCAAGAGUUGCAUGAGCAGUCAUUGACUACAGGUCGCGAUAUCUUGAAGAACGCGAGCGAAGAAGAAAAGCGCAAGUGGCUCGCAAAGGACGGGCAAGACUGGUCCGGUGCUUUCGGAGAUAACCCUAAAGCCUACAUGAACACCAAGCGUCAGAAGAGACGCGAACCAGGCGUCGAAGAACCCUUACACGACCGUUAUCAUCCAUCCGAUAACGAGGACAAUGAUGACUCUGAUGAUGACUAUGGCGAAGACUCUUCUUCAUCUGAUAUUGGUGUUGAAGAUGCGGAUACGGUUGGCAGUGCGAAAAACAUGAGUGGCGGCACAGGUGGAGGUGACCAGAGCAAAACUAAUGGCCAGUUGAAGUCACAGAAGACCGAUUUAUCGCCCACUGAGGAUCAUCAACCUCGCCAAUCGAUGUCUACAGUUCGUACAAGCACCACAGCCGAGACAGAUGACACUUCAUCCAGUAAGGAUGUUAACAAGCAAAACAAGCGAGCCGAAGAGAGGAGACAUCGUGGGCUGAUGCAGUGGAAGCCCGCACGGAAUGCAAAGUUUGCGAAGGACGAGGCCAAAAUUGGGCUGGCUAAGCUGAAGAAGAAGGUCACUGGAGGAUUGGAUGGACGGCAACCUGGCGUUGAGACUGAAACUGGAUAA